AUGCAGAAAGUGGUGGCAUUGUCGAGUUGUGAAGCUGAAUAUAUUGCUGCUGCUACUGCUGCCUGUCAGGCUGUUUGGUUAGCUCGGCUACUAGCUGAGAUUUUAGAUUCAGUUGUGAGCAAGCCGGUGCUAAGGGUGGACAACAAGUCCACCAUUUCAUUGAUCAAGAAUCCUGUGCAUCAUGACCGGAGCAAACAUAUUGAUACUAGGUUUCACUUGAUCUGGGAGUAUGCACACAAUGGGCAGAUUGAAGUGAGGUUCAUUAGAACUGAUGAGCAACUUGGUGAUGUUCUAACAAAGCCACUUUGCAAGAUAAAGUUCCAGGAGCUCUGCACCAAGAUCGGCCUUCGCCUCUUUAGGCGCAUGGCUAUUGUUGGGCUGUGCGCGAAUGGUGCUCUGACAUGCGCUGUGUUCGCAUGGGAGCACUCUGAGAAGGAAGGGAGAGCAGUAUCUCAAAUUGAGGCAUGGGUCUAUACACAUCGUGGGAAAAAUCCUCAAGAUCCAACCUCACUGAACAUAGAAGAUGCUGCUGCAUGCCUAGAGAAGUACAAAACAAAAGCUAUUGAGCUAAAUGGUCCAGAUUUUGAUUGGUUGCACUCUCCGGUGGAUGCAAGAGCCAUUUAUCAGUGCUGUUUUGGUAGGCCACAUGGGAAAUGGGCUACAUUCAAUGGAAUGGUUGAUGAUGGCGAGGUCCUAGCUGUGGCAAACAGUCACUGUGAAUCUUCGAGAGUCUUCAACCAUCAACAUCGAGAAGAAGAGCAUGAAAGAGAAGGUUGUCCGAAGAUGCGCGCCUUGCAAAGGAAGAUGGGGUGGAUCUUCACUGCAAAGGAGUAUGCUCAGACCCUUUUAGAGUGGGGAAGAGGGGUACAAAACCAAUAUAAUAGCAUGCAAAGUUUUAUGCAGAAUGUGGCUCAGCAUACCGGGAUGUCUGCAAGUGCAGUUCCAUCUCCACUUUCCCUGCCCCCUCCUCCUACAUGUGGAGUAUCAGCACUCCAAAUCCUUCUCCUCAAAAUGUUAAGUAUUUCAGCUUUGGGUUCCUGCCACCAUGUAUUUUCUUCCCUGUGCAUUUGUUAUGAAGAGUGCAUUUUUUUCUUUUCUGCUAUUGUGAUUUUUGGCACUGGUUACAUUGCCUUGGAAGGGCAACUGCUGUGACUUUCAGGCUUCAGCUAUUGUUUGUAAGAAUUGUUACAUUCAGAGGUGUCAAUGGUUUCAUUUGACAAAUCUUUUGAAGGAAACUUGCUGCUACUUUUUUGAAGGAAACUUGCUACUACUUUCUUGAAGGGAACAUGUUGCCACUUAGUAAUGUCCAAACUGAUCUUUAAUAUCGAGUGUUGAUUUUUAUGGCUAUUGUUGCUGUUGCUAGUGUCCCAGUUGGAUGUUUUUUUUUAUUCCUCAGAUCUAAGGGACAAGUUGUAGUAUCUGAACGAACGCCUGAACACAACGCACACUACACACUAACACACCAACACACCCCUAGAGCGCACGCUAGAACUAGAACCUAUACCAACACACGUCUACCAGAGAUUCACGAAGAUUCCAGCUCCGCUAGCGACGGGCGCGUCACCUCCCCUUGUGGUCCAUAGACGCCUGAGGAUACCUGCAAAUUUAUUUUUGGGAAUAAAUCCCGGUGAGACACCCGAGUCCGAUCUCAGGGAUCGAACUCGGGCGGGGAGCGCUCCACCGGAGCUCGCUACCACUGGGCUA